AUGUUCAGCAAGGUCACCAUCGCUCUCGUCGCUGCCGCCAUGGCAUUCGUGCAGGUCUGUGGCGAGUCUCAUACUGUCACUUUCACCAACAGCUGUGGCUAUGGAACUCCUUACUUGUGGGGACCUGACGGUGCUCUCCUCUCCACUGGUGGUUCUUACACCAGCGAUGGCCCUGCCGAUGGUUUGAUUGGCUACUUGCAGACUGGUAACUGUGGCGACAAUGGUGAACAUUGCACCGUCGUCGAGGCAACGCGCAACAAGACUGGAAGCAGCGCCUAUAUCUCGCUUAUCCCUCCGUACGAGUUCUCUGUGACGAUUGGGUUCGGUUAUUACAAUGGUUGUGGUGGUGCAGGCGCAGACUGCACCUAUUCUAGCUGCUCCAGCCCGGGGCCCCCAAGCGAGUUCCCACAGUCUGUAGACUGUUCAGUCGCUAAUAUUGGUUCGGAUUGGAGGGGUGUUGCGCGGAAGUGGCAGACUUUUGGUAUUCUGUCUAUUCUGUAA